AUGGAUGUGGAGUCCUCUAGCGCGUUCUCACCGGCGGAGCCCGUCGUUGAUGGAGCAUUUGUGUCGAAGCAUAAUUUGAGUGCAGAGGCUUAUCAGACUUUCAAAGAGUGCGCGGACUCGUUGCUCUCCGGAAAAGUGCCGCAACCGGAGCAGCUCUCCUUCAUCCAGCGAACCCUUCAAAUCUGUGAGAACACGAUUUUGAACUUCGAGGACGAGAAGCAACACUUGAUGAGUGACGUCCUGUUGGUUUGGGCGAUGAAGCAACAGAAGUUAAGUAUUGCAACUCUCCACACACAACAGUUGCAUUAUAAAGAGUUGGAUUUAAUCAAUUUACAAUUCGAGUAUUUUGGCGAGUUGCUCCAACAAACUCUCUCCGGAUUGGACUAUCUGAAGCAGUACUAUCCGAAUGUUGGUUUCGAGGAAGUCCACUCGAAAGUUCGCAACUUGACUCAUUAUUUCUUGUACUACUCGAUUAUUGUUAGCCGUCAACCACCAUCGGUCAUCGUUAAGUGUGGAGAGGCAGAGAAUCAUAGAAGAAGCAGAUUCUGGUUCAAUACGGAGAUCAGAAUACUCGGUGGAAGUGCUUUUGGAAUUGAUACGAAUAACGAGAACUCGAAUGUUAAUUGUUAUUUGAUUACUGACGAGACAGCGAAACAGCUGUUGAAUAACGCUUAUUUGGAUAUCUUCGAAUCCGAAGAGUUCUGCAUCGAGCCAUCUACCACCACUUUCCAAAAGAAAGAUACCAGAGGAAUCAAGGCAAAGUUCGACGAUAUGAAAGUCGCGAAAAAAGUUCAACUCCGUCGUGACUCCGUGGCCACCAAGAGAUACUGUCUCUGCUACAAUAUCCAGUUACAAACUAACUGUGGAAUAGAGUUGGUUGGGAAGAAGGUAUCCCUCCCAUUCGCUGUAUUGGUUGGACCAAAGGCUGAUGUUGAGGCGAAAUUGUUUUUGGAGAGGUCUUUUGCGGAUUUGGUCCGCCACCCGCUCUCCGACAUCCCGACUCAUGUCUCUUGUGCUGAAAUGGCGGACGCUCUUGAAAUGAAAUUUCAGGCGAUCAUUGAGACACCGCAAAAGAAUACGGACGGUCCGUCGGUGGUCCAACCGAGAAAGUUCAAUAUGCAGACGAAACAACAUUUGGUGAUGAGGAUGAAACCCAAUCAGCAGGGAUUCUUGCCAUUGGAUAACUUUAUGAAGCUUCCGGUCGCCGAGGAGUUUCAGCACAAGAAAAGUGCCUCAUCUGAUGGUGACUGGAAGUUAGUCCCCUACUACGACUGGUUCUUCAAACUUGCGGAAAUUACGAAUAAGUACCUGUACAGUAUGUGGUAUGAUGGAUUGGUCUACGGAUUCUGCAGUAAAGAGGACGCGGAGAAUAUAUUGAGAUGUAUACCACGGAGUGUACUUCUUGUCAGAUUCUCCGAUAUCGAAUAUGCCAAAAUUAAGAUUUCUGUGAAGAAUCGAAAUGGCGAAAUCCGUCACCACUGGUACGAGCACGCGGACCUCAACGCGCGAUCCCUCCAAUCGGAACUGUUGACGAAUCACAAGUUCUCCGACGUCGAUCUCAUUUAUCCGGACAUUGAUCUAGAGGUUGCUCUCGGCGGAAGGAAUAAGCCACGCGUCCGCCUGCCACGCAACCUCGCUCCAGACGAAAUCUACUUUGAUAAUCAGGGAGCGGCCACGUAG